GCAUCCACAGACACAGACAUGAGCCUGUCGCGCAAGCUCAGUCAUGCCAGGACGCCCUCGCUGGCAGAAGUGUCGACCAAGACGCAAGUGUAUAGCGAGACUGUCGGAGUCAACGAGAGCAUCAAGUCGUAUCGCUUUCUAGAGGCCCUGCGUGUAGGCGACUUGCAAGAGAUCGACAAGCACUUUGACGAAAGCGCCAUUCCUCCUACAAUUUUGGCUGUCCAGUGCGCCGAUGCAAAGACGUUUAGCUAUGUCCUGAACAAGGAUGAGGAUGUCAACGCCCGCGAUGCGCAUGGCAACACAGCCCUGCAUCAUGCAGUACAGCUGGGCAGAUCGGAGAUUGUUGACAUUCUGAUGGAUCACCCUGAAAUCAACGACACGGUCCAAAACGAUGAGCGCAAGCAAGCCUUUGAACUAGCAGGCAACGCCGAGCUCGCCCACAAGAUGCAGGCCAAGCGCGGAGACUACAUCGAAAAGAUCAAUCAGCAUUUCGCCCAGGCCCUCAAAACCAAAGAUGCUUCUUUAACUGAUUUGCUGGACAACCCUCGCGCGGCCUCGCUCCUCGACCUCAAUAAGCAAGAUGCAGAUGGCAACACUGCCAUCCACCAUGCGGCUCACAAUCGUGAUGCGUCGCUCGUCUCCUUACUACUCAAUCAUGGAGCGGAUCCAUUCCCACGCAAUAGGAAGGGUAAGCUGCCAACUGAUCUUUGCAAGGACGACCGCAUCAAGGCGCUAUUCAAGAAUGUGCCGCAGAAGACAAUGCUGAAUGCUUCUCCAAGUGACCCCAUCCGGUAUGCCGGUCACCUCAAAAAGUGGACCAACUACAAGUCGGGAUACAAGGCCCGUUGGUUUGUGCUUGAAAGUGGCGUCUUAUCAUACUAUCGAAGCAAGGAUGAAUCUGAGACGGCAUGUCGCGGAAGCAUCAACAUGAAGGCUGCACGCAUCAACUAUGCUCAAGGCGACAAGACCAAAUUUGAGGUGCUUGGCCCGGAUAAGAAUGGAUUUCACGUAAAGGCUGCGCAUCCUACAGAAGCCAAAAACUGGAUCUGGAAUUUGAAUCAAGCCAAGAUGCAAGCUCGAGACAAGGGCAAGCAGCCAUCAACGUCAAAAGACUUGACUGGGGCACCUAUUGCCAUUUCCGCAGCUCCCUCUGUCUUGGACAUGCCCAACUCGUAUGCCCCGAGCAUCGGAUCCGUUGAUGAACACUUUUCAGACAAUGAGUCCGAGGUCGACUCAGUGCUUGAUAUUGGCGACGAGCCUCAUAAGGACUUUGGGCUGACGGCUAAUGCGGCCAAGGUACAGCUGGAGCUCAUGGACCAGAUUUGUGCGCAGAUGCCGGACGCAAGUGAAACAACAAGCGCAUUCCGUUCAUCUGCGGCGUCGUUGCGCGAAAUACUUACACAGCUCGUCAAAAUGAGUGGUGAGCGCGAAAAGUACUGGCGUGCUUCCAUCAGUCAUGAACGCGAGGUACGGCGUUUGUGGGAAGAGACUAUGCAAACACUUGCAACGGAUCAAGAAGACAUGGAACGCAAAGUAUACGAAGCCAAAGUCAAGCAGAAGAACACGCGCAAAGCCUUGAAGGAAGUCAAGUCGGAGCUUGACCGUGUCAAGGCAGACACGCCUGCUGGAUCGCCCAUCACGGAUGCGCCUGACCCUAUCGCAGCCGAUGUUGCACCUUAUCUCGACAGCGAAGACUCGUCAGAUGAUGAAUUCUAUGAUGCUGUUGCCAGUGGCUCGACAGCUGCGUUGGGUGCAUCUGGUAUUUCUCGAGCUGCUACUAUGCAAAGUCCUGAACCGAUUGCAGAGCGGGAUGAAGUCGCUCAGCAAAAGCCAGCAGCACAGACUGCACCUGCCCAAUCCGAGUCCGAGUCACGCAUUACAAAGUCAUUCAAGGGCUACGAGAAUGGUAUCCGUACCACCAUGGGUCGCCAAGACGACCGGCCAUCCGUCUCCUUGUGGGGUAUCCUCAAGUCCAUGAUUGGUAAAGACAUGACCAAGAUGACUCUGCCAGUCAGUUUCAACGAAGCUACCAGUCUGUUGCAGCGUGUCGCAGAGGAUAUGGAAUACACAGAUAUCCUCGACAAGGCAGCAAAGACAUCAGACCCAACUGAGCGAGCGCUCUACGUGGGCGCCUUUGCCGCUAGCGAGUACGCAAGUACAAUUGACAGAGUGGCCAAACCAUUCAAUCCCUUGCUUCACGAAACGUACGAGUACUGUCGUCCAGACAAGGGCUUCAGGUUUGUUGUCGAACAAGUCUCGCACCACCCACCGAUUGGUGCUGCGCAUGCAGAAUCCGACAAUUGGGUCUACUACGGUGAGUCGAGUGUCAAGUCAAGAUUCACUGGCAAGACUUUUGACAUCAACCCGCUGGGCACAUGGUAUUUGCACCUGAGGCUCCCUGAUGGCACCGAAGAAGUCUACAGCUGGCGCAAGGUCAAUACCCAGGUAGUUGGCAUUCUGCUUGGAAGCCCGACUGUUGAUAAUUACGGCCCUAUGGUCAUCACAAACCACACGACUGGCGAGCAAUGUAAGCUCGAAUUCAAAGCGCGUGGAUGGCGAGGCGCUGGUGCGUACAAGGUGGAUGGAGUAGUCUUGGAUCGCUCAGGUGAGGAGCAAUGGGUCGUUCAUGGCAAAUGGAACGAACAGCUUUAUGCACGUAAGGCAAAUGGCGGACCUGCAGACGGCAACAUGGUUGUUUGGCAGACGAAUCCUCGACCAAAGGGUGUGCCCUUCAACCUGACUCAGUUUGCCAUGACGCUCAAUGCUUUGGAUAACGGCCUCAAAUCGCACCUGCCGCCAACAGAUACCCGUCUGCGUCCCGAUCAAAGAGCAAUGGAGGAUGGACAAUACGACUUUGCUGCGACGGAAAAGAACCGUCUGGAGGAAAAACAACGAGCACGACGCAGAGAACGCGAAAAGUCUGGACUCGAGCACGGUGCACGUUGGUUCAAGCAAGCGAAGCAUCCAGUCACCGGCGAGGAAUAUUGGGAGUUCACAGGUGAUUAUUGGCAAGUACGUGAACAAGCUGCACAAGGACAAGUAAGCUGGGACGUGGAGGAUAUUUUUUAG